AUGGCUGCCGAAACUGUUGACACGUCAUGGAUGUGGCAUCCCAGAUUCCAUGAGAAUGAUCCUGAAACCGCUGGACGUUUUGUUCAUUUCCGGAAAACGCUUUUUGUCGACAGACAGAUACCGACAGCUCUUAUAAUUAGCAUUACCGCUGAUACACGCUAUAGGUUAUACAUCAACAAGAAAUUAGUGGCAUUUGGGCCUGUCAAAGGUGAUGCCGCUCUGUGGUUCUAUGAUGAGGUCGACAUCAGUCCGUAUCUGCACCAGGGACAUAACCAAAUAGCGAUCCAUGUCUUGCGACUCUUCCACGGAACUUCAUACGGCACCAGCUUUCCAAGACUGGGAUCUGGCGGUGUUCGGAUUAAAGCAACUAUCGACGAUACCUUCUGGUCUUCGGAGCUUUGCAGCAGUGCUUUGUGGCAAACGGCUGUCGAUCAGUUUGUGUCGCUUCCCAUUGAUCAAGCCGAAGAUGACUUCCUUCAUAUUUACGAAAACGUCUCGAGAGGAGAGAUGGAUGUACCUUCCUUGGUGUGGACUUCGGCUAGUUUGUUGCAAUACCAGAACUCGACAGGUGUGACAGCGCCAUGGAAGUUAUCGCCCCGUCUUACCCCUCAUAUGAAGACCUGCAAGUCUCAGUUCAAGGCCAUUCACAAUGUCGAGAGCCUAUUGCCCUCUGAAGUUUGGGAAAGAAACUUGACCGAUCUUGAUGAUCAAUGUUGUGCUCUGCAACUCGCAGCCGGCACCACGCACCAGCUAGACCUGGAGGCUCAGACUCAUACCACUGCCUUCAUUCGUUUUCGAUUCAAACGUCCCGAACAUCCAGGCGCCAAAAUGAUGGUUACGUACUCGGAAAGCUAUGAAGACACCCCGGUGCUAAUCCCGUACCUCCGUCGGAAGGGGAUUAGGACCGAUAUAACAAAGUCUUUGAUCGGACCGCAAGACAUUUACAACUUCCAAGGCCAAGAAGGGAACUUGCGUUUAGGUUACUAUGAGGGCGAGGAUGAAGAGGAGGUCUAUAUGCCUUUCCAUUGGAGAACUUUCAGAUUUCUGAGACUUCGCAUAUGGGCGGGCUCUUCUGGCCUGACGUUACGUGGAAUUGAUAUUGAGACGGUCAAUUAUCCUCUCAAGGUACUCUCAGAUAUUAGUACCGGGCCGAACGAUACAGAUGUUAAGGCUCUGUACGAUACAAGCAUACGAACACUGCAAAACUGCAUGCACGACUGCUACGAGGAUUGUCCAUUCUACGAGCAACUUCAGUACGCUAUGGAUACACGGAGUUCGUGUCUGUUCACAUACUAUGUUUCUGGUGAUGAUCGUCUGGCCAGACAGGCGAUAACACAGCUCCACAACUCUUUUCAACCUCGCAUCGGACUUACAGCAAGCCGAGCCCCUUCAAGCCAACUCCAAAUUAUCCCUAGCUUUUCCCUUUAUUGGAUAUGCAUGGUACAUGACCAUUUCACCUUUCACAAUGACAUUGAAUUCAUCCGGCCUUUUCUUCCUGUUGUUGAUGCUGUCCUCAAUUUCUUUCACUCUCGCAUCCAAGAACAGACCGAUCUGGUAGCUCUGAGGAACGAAGAGGGUAUUUGGAACUUCCAUGACUGGGCGGAACAGUGGCGGCCGUAUGGAAUUCCUCCAUCGGUACAAAGGUCAGGUAUCUCGACUUAUGUCAAUAGUCUCUACUCGUAUACCUUGGAAUUGGCUUCCGGAUUACAAAUACCUUGUGCUAAUCGACCUUGUCUGGCCAGCGAAUAUAUCCAACGGGCGAGACACAUUACAAAGGCGCUAAGAACGCACUGCUUUGACGGACGCUACUUCACCGACAGCCUGGCCUCUGAAUCAGAUCAAAAGACUGACAUCAGCCAGCACAGCCAGAUUUGGGCGGUUCUUAGUGGUGCUGCAAGUGGUCCGGCUGCACAAGCCCUGCUCAAUGACGUACUGCGAGACGGAGAGGACUCGCUGGUCAGAACGUCGAUAUCGAUGUCAUUCUACACGCUGCGCGCUAUGAGUAUCGCUGGAGGAAACCUGUACUGCGACAUGUAUGCCAAGUUUUGGCAGCCAUGGCGUGACCAACUGGCUCUCAAUGUGACAACGUGGGAAGAAGACGACGUUUCACAUCGCUCAGACUGUCACGCUUGGGGCAGCGCUCCCAUUUAUGCAUUCUUGGCAGAUGUAGCGGGCAUCAAGCCUGCAAAGCCUGGCUGGGACCAGAUAACGUUCGCGCCUCGACUGAGCUUAUAUUCUUCUUUCAAGGCAAAUGUGCCUUUCCAUAGAAGGGGGAAACUUGGAUUGGCAAAGGUUUCGUGGAGCUCCUCAAAUGAUGAAGUACUGGUUGAGUUGCGUAUUGAGGGAUUAGCUGGGCCAGUCUCGGUGUGUGUACAACUCCCUGGGGAGUUGGAAAAGGUGAUGGAUAGCUCUGACAAGAUGACAUUUUGUUGCGCGCCAGUAAGAAAGUAA